UCUCUCUCUCUCCAUGUGUGUGGUAAUGUGGGCAUUCCAACGGUCAAUUUUAACGGGAGACGAGGACGAGGUUGUUGGAUAAGUGAAUCCAACAGUAACAUGGGCGAAACAUCUUCAUCUUUAUCUUCAUCUUCAUCCUCGUAUCCCAACCUUAAUAUUCCCAUCGAGAUUGUCACUGACGAAGAAAUGUCUCUCAUUGAAGCUGCUUUCGCUUUAGCUUCCACUCGUUCUUCUUCUCUCUCUUCUUUUCCUUUUUCAUCAUCAACACAAUCACAACUCUCUUCCCCACAUUUUCAAACAAAUGUGUUGUCCAUCAAGUCAAUCACGGUUCUAUCCAAAAGAAAGUUAUUGGGUGGCAAUGACUCUCACACUCACCACCCUGAUAUCGAAGAUUCACCCAAAUUGGUUACCCCACACAAGAAAACCACUGUUCCAGAUUCCUUUCUACAUCGCUUCAGAAGAAAACGGGGCUUGUCCGUAACUGAUCUUACAUCUACGGAAUGGUGCCCAAAACAAAUGGAAUUUUCUCUCCUUCUUGGAGGGCGAAAGACCAAUCAAGUUAUGAAAGCUGGCAUUGCUCGGCAUGCGAAACUUGAAGAAGAGGUUAUAAAACGGGUGGAAGUGAAGGUCAAAUCGCAAGAAGAUUAUUGGGCCCUGAAAUUUCUUAAUUUCAUAAAUGGUGUGAAUCAAUUACUUUUUGAAGGAUUAACUCGUGAACUGCCAAUAAUAGGCUUUACAGAAGAUAUAUGGAUAGUCGGAGUAAUUGAUGAAAUUCAGAUGCCGUUAACAGAAAAUGAUCAUAAUCCAAUACUAAUUGACACAAAGACUCGUGCUCGAGAUACACUUCCUGCUGAACCACAACGAAGAAAUGGAAGGCUUCAAUUGAUGUGUUACAAAUAUUUGUGGGACAAUUUAGUUGCUGAUGAUUUCCCUUGGAAAAAGUUUUUUACUUAUUUUGGCUUAAAUGCUCAACAAAAUCUAUCUGAAGAUCUGAAAGUGAUAAGUGCGGACUCUGGAUUUUCUGCAUCUACUCUUGAUGAUGUCGUGAAAUAUUACAACAAUACGUGUAGGAUGCUGGCCCCUGCUCACAAUCAGCUUUUAUUGAGAUAUGAGUAUCAGAAAGAUCAUUCGCUGCUUGGUGAAGAUAAAUUUGCAUAUGAUCCUGAGUGGUUAAAGAAUCAAAUGCGUUGUUGUAUUGAGUUUUGGCUUGGAGAACAAGAAGCCACUUGUGCUCCAGAAGAGGAGCGAUGGAAAUGUCGGUUCUGUCAAUUUGCCACUGUUUGUCCUGCAUACACUGACAGUAAGGGAACGGUAGCACAUACAAGCAAUGAUUCAAAUAUCAAAGAAGGGUAAGUAUUCGUCUAAUGUUACUGUUAGCUGCCUCAAUAACAGUAAAAAUCCUUCUGUCAAAAAAGCAUGAUAUUUUAAUCAGGUUUUUAUAAGCCCAAGUAGCUUUAGUGUAAGCAUUAUUUGAUUCACUUAUCAAAAUGCAUUGUUGUUGUUGUAGCCACAUUUAAAUUAUU